CCCCCAAGAACAAUUUAGGAGUUGCCGGGGCUCUUAGAGCUUGGUCAGACUUCUAAGAGGCCAAGGUCCCUCGCUGCAUUCAGGUCAUUGCCAUUGCCAGUCCCCGUGACUUUUGUUUUGCCACUGGACUUUGAAGACUCUGGAAGAGUAAGACUUUAUGCAGCUCUGCUUACUUAAAUCCGGUUCAUUCCCCCGUCUAGACCCCAGCCCCGGCCUGAUUUAAAAAACAAAAAACAGAAAACGAAGGACAAACAACAACAAACGUGUUAGACAUCUUGAAUCUCAGUCUUCCCGGCUACAAGGCCAGCUCUCUAAGCCCAACGUCCUGUGUCAGAGCCCGAGAGUUGGAGAAAGAAAAGACCUCUUUCCACCUGGGCCAGGAAGGACAGCUCAGCGACACCGCAGCUGUUAGUAACCAGUGAGCAGCCCCAGGUGGGCCCCUCCACACACAACGCGCCAAUUGGGAGAGGUAGAGCCACCAACGAAAGUGAGUUUAUUUUCCUCUUUGGACAGAAACUUUGCAGUCACCAAGUAAAUAACACCUUUUAGAACUCUAUUUCUUGAAGACAAUUUCAACAAAAGAUCAUGCAAGAUCAAAAGCUACCUUGUGUUUUGAUAAGUGGUUUUGAAGGACCAUAUAGUGUGAAUAAAGAUCAUGUAAGGGAUCUUAAGAAACAUUUUAAUCUUAUCACCAUGCAAGAAUUCCUUGAAAACAAAACAAAUUUCAGUCAAAAGAUACAAGCAAUAUAUAUAUGGGGAGGGAAACCACAUAUUGACCAGGAGCUCCUGCAGAGCUUGCCUUCCUUGAAGAUUAUUGUAAACUCAGGAGCAGGCCUGGAUCAUCUGGACCUGAAAUUGAUUGCCAGCUUUGGUGUGAAAUUGGCCAACACUCCACAUGCUGUUACUAAUAGCACUGCAGAUAUGGGAAUGGCCUUACUUCUGGCAUCAGCCCGAAGAAUAUUAGAAGGGAAUGAGAUAGCUACUUCACCAGACACCAAAUCCUUUUCUGUUAACUGGAUGGGACAAGAAGUGACCGGAUCUACUCUGGGAAUCAUAGGUAUGGGCAAAAUUGGCUAUAAGGUUGCUCAACGAGCCAAAGGAUUUGAAAUGAAGAUUCUGUAUCACAAUAGGAACCGCAGGAAAGUGGAAGAGGAACAGGCAGUUGGGGCCCAUUACUGUGCAACAUUGGAUGAACUACUGCAACAAUCAGACUUUGUUAUGUUGGUCCUUAGUUUGACACCCCAGACUCAUAAAUUGAUUGGAAAGAGGGAAUUAGGACUAAUGAAACCUACUGCUGCUCUUAUAAACAUUGGGAGAGGUCAAUUGGUCGAUCAAGAUGCCCUAGUUGAAGCUCUUCAAACUGGAAUUAUUAGAGCUGCAGGACUGGAUGUGACUUACCCUGAACCUCUGCCAAGAUCCCAUCCUUUGUUAAAGUUAAAGAAUGUUAUUUUAACUCCUCAUAUCGGAAGUGCAACUCAUCAAAGUCGACAUCUCAUGAUGGAAAACAUGGUUGAAAGUCUUCUGGCUGCUUUCAGUGGCCUUCCUAUUCCUAAUGAAGUACUUCUUAAAUGAUUUGUUUGGGUGGAAAGCUCAUAAUGAUGAAAACUUGACAGAUUAAAUGACAAAGGCUUCUUUUAACUUUUCAUACUUUAUAUAUUCUAGUAUUUCUCUUCAUGAAAUUAAAAACUCAUAGAUUUUUCAUUUUAGUAUGUUUGAAGAGCUAAUAGAGACUAUGUAUUCCCAAGAGUCCUUCAGAGCCUAACACUGCAAUGAAUAGAAAUAGUAUCUUUGGUACUCUAGUCUGUUGUUCUCUUUCUCUAUGGACUUUACAGUAUUCAAAACUUACCUAAUAAAAAGUUAACGCCAUAUAUAAGCAAAUCUGCUGGAUAAGGCAAGAAGGAAAUACUAUGAUCUAGAUAAGGGAAGGAACAGUGAAACCAAAAA